UACGCAUGCGCAGUUAAAAAUUAAGAUGGCGGCCGGUUCUCGUGAAAGAAAUCCUGGGAUACCUCUUGAUUUGGGUUGGGUGGAGAGCUGUGUCGUUAAUCUCCCCGCUGCAAACAGGAGAGCAGCUACGCAUAAAACCAGACGCAGCAUAAAAAAGGAAUGGCAGGCAGCUUGGCUACUGAGGGCUGUCACGUGCAUUGACCUGACCACAUUAGACGGAGAUGACACCCCAAGCAAGGUAGUUGAUAGAUUAUGUCACAAGGCCUCUACUCCUGUUCGUCAAGACAUUAUAACUCAGUUAGGGAUGGACGGUGUUCCACUCUCAGUCGGUGCAGUGUGUGUCUAUCCUGAACGAGUCCCCGAUGCCAUUCGCUCUAUGAAUACCAUUAACAGUCAAGUCCCCAUUGCCUCGGUUGCAGCAGGGUUUCCGGCUGGUCAGAUACCGCUAGAUCAAAGGUUACAAGAGAUAAAGAGAGCUAUUGAAUAUGGAGCAACAGAAAUAGAUAUUGUGAUAUCGAGGACCCUCGUCCUUAAAUCUGAUUGGGCCCUUCUAUACGAGGAAGUGAAAGCUUGUAGGGAGGCAUGCGGCGAGGGGGCCCACCUGAAAACAAUAUUGGGAACGGGUCACCUUGGAACUCUGACCAACGUUUAUAAAGCAAGUGUUGUGUGCAUGAUGGCUGGCUCUGAUUUCAUCAAGACAUCAACAGGGAAGGAAGCAGUCAAUGCAACAUUCCCAGUAGCACUGACUAUGAUAAGAGCCAUCAGAGAAUAUCACACUCGUACGGGAUACAAGGUCGGUUUCAAACCAGCUGGGGGAAUAAGGGCAGCUAAGGACGCCCUCUCCUGGCUUGCUUUGAUGAAGGAGGAGUUGGGUGAUGAUUGGACAAAACCGGAUUUAUUUAGGAUAGGGGCCAGCAGCCUGUUGGGAGAUAUAGAGAGACAACUCUAUCACCAUGUCACUGGGAGAUAUGCUGCAAUCCACGAAAUGCCUUUAUCAUGAAUGGGUUCUAUUAUUGUAUCGCUAGUGUUUGUGGGAAAAUUCUAAUUACAAAAAUAAUUAUUACUAAUAAUGAUAAAUUUAGAAGUUUGUGUCGUUAUUUUUUCUGUGUUAUUUUAGUAA